UUUAAAGAAGGAAAAGAGGGGAAUGAAGAGGACAAGGACAAUGAAGAGUAGAGAUUCCGUGUGGCCGGCAGCAGCAAUGGGGGAGGAAGAAAACGCACCGAGUCCAAUGAAGGUGAAAGAGGUCAUCGUGCUAAGUGAACAGAGCAGACACAGAGCACACGUCCGUGGGUCACAUGCAGGGUGGGAUGCGGAGGGCGUGUGGGAAUGCAGAUCUCUUUGGCCGGGGGUUCGCUGUGAGCCCCACUCUGCGAGCCCUGAAGCUGAUGUCAAGAUCACCAGGCAGAAGGGAGAUGGUGCAGAGAAGACGGAGACGUGUGGCUCUCUGUGUCUACCUUGGAGUUUGUCCCUGUCCACAAGUUCAGUGUCACGUCCCUCCAUCUACAAUGGAUGCAUCGGUAGUCUACGCUGACUUAAACCUAACCAAGACCCGAGAGCCUAAGCGUGCAUCACCUCUGUCUCUUCCUCCAGACACCUGUAGGUGCCCACGCUGGCAUCGGUUGGCUCUGAAACUCGGCUGUGCUGGGCUAAUCCUUCUUGUCCUGAGUGUGAUUGGACUCGGUGUCUUAGUGAUAUCAUUGUUACAAAAAACAUCUGUAGAAAAAAGCAGUGUGGAUGUUCAAGAGAACAACAUGACGAAAACAACAGACGGUCCAGCUAUCUUAAAGUGUCCAAAAGACUGGCUGCCACACCGAGAUAAAUGCAUACAUUUUUCUCAAGAUACCAACAUUUGGAUGGAAGGUCUAGUUGACUGUGCUACAGAUGGAGCCACUUUGCUGCUCAUUCAUGACCAAGAAGAACUGAGAUUCAUAAAGGACACAGUAAAGGGAAAAGGCAGUUCAUAUUGGAUUGGACUAAAUUACACACUGACAGACAAGAAAUGGAGGUGGAUAAACGGCUCUACUUUACGUUCUGAUGUAUUGCAAAUCAUUGGUGAAGCUACAAAAGACAGCUGUGCCUCCCUCACAGAGGACACUGUGGUUUCUGAGGACUGUAUUUCAGACUACAAGUGGAUCUGCCAAAAAGAACUAAAACGUGUCUGAAACCUCGUGUGAUGACCCCUGACUGUGAAUCCCAUCUCCAUGACUUUACCAUCCACACUGGACCUCUGCACUCAAUCUGUCUAGGCUGCUGACCCCCUCCUCCAGUGCACAGUUAGCGGCACAGAGCAUGGACUCUAAAACCACUGUGACUCCUACAGAUGCCUAUGUCCAGUUUCUUCAUUCUGUAAAGGGGACAGAGAUGCUGAUGUACCAUUCUAAAAGAGGUGCUCUGUGGAAAGAAGCCCAGACAGCUGAGAAGCAGCGGAUUCCAUUCUGGAGUCUGUGUGGCCUUCACUGGUCUCUGUGCGUGCAGAAAACUGUUUGCAGAAUCCUGAUCCCCACCCCCAUCCCACAAGCCGUCGUCACACUGCUGGGCUGUAGAACACUGACUGAAGCCUUUGCUCUUGACUGACACCAGAAGCCCAUGGUUAAGGGGUUUGGGGGAAAGGACUGACAGUGGUUUGGACUGCACCUACAAAAUCCUAGGUAAACUGAGCACUGGUCACGUGAUGUCUCCACCAGGACGUGAUGCAUCAGCAGACCCUGGGCCAACGCUGGCGUUUUGGUGCUGGCCUUCACAGCUCCAGAACUGGCAGAGAUGAGCUGCUUCCUUGAAAGUUUUCUGUUUAAGUGAUAGGAAAGUAAACAAAAGCAAGGCUUAGCUCUUCCUGCCACUCCACUAGUCCUUUCCGCUCUAAUUUGCUCAGCAUGUCUUCUUCCCAUGCUUGGGGAAAUUAAGUUUUAAAAAAGGUAGAUCUUUUCAAUAUCCCCUUUUCUAAAAAUUUGCCAAAUUUUCCACGAAAAAUGAAGAAUACUUGUAGGGCCCUGGUCUCCUCCCAUAUUGAGUAAAGUCAUUGCCUGCUUGCCGACCUUGACCAGAUGUUCUCCCUAUGCUAAUUCCCUGCCGGUAUCCACCCUCCUGAAUGCUUUAGGGAAGUUCCUUGUUUGUGUAUCCUGCAUAUUGGGCGUUAACAGCUUAGAUGCAAGAAUGUAGGGGGGGGGAUCCGCCAUUGUGCUGUAAGCCUGUAUUUAAGGUUUCCUCCCUCUUUCAAUAAACGGCAUUCGGCUGGCCCUCGGCAUUCAGCCGUG